GCAGGAGCGGCACGAUCUGUGGUGACCACUUUCGAAAAUGUGCUCCUAAUAGAGACAAACUUGGUGCUCGUGACACUCUCUCUCUUCACGCUGUCAGAAACCUAGUCGAUUUUCUGGGUGAACAAUGUUUCGCCCCUUCAUUUAAUGACAUUUUUUUUACAACCGAACGCGUGAAAUUGUUGCGCUGAUUUGGCUUUUUUUUUUGAUGCCGUUAAUUUGAAGACGCUGCAAGAUCCUCCUCAUGGCGUCUCAUCAGCAGUCAAGAAUCCAGUUUUACUUGGAGAAGAACAAAAUUGGACCCCUGUUUGAGGAGAUGAUGACCAAACUGAUAACUGAGACCCCAGAUCAUCCUAUUCCUUUUCUCAUCAGUCAUCUGCAGACCAAGCACAGCGGCUCCUGCAAACUCCACAGAACCCUAUCGGGCUCUGCGGCUCUGUGGGCUGAGACCGGGCCAGCAGAGACUAAGGGCACCAGGAGGGACUACAGGAGCUAUGAAAAACCAUGGCAGAUGCACCCAAAAAAGCCCAAGAAAUCCAAGAGUGACCUUGCAGUGUCCAACAUCUCGCCACCAUCGCCUGAGUCCAAGUCACUGCCCAGGUCCAUCGAGCACACGUCCUGGGAGUGGAGGGGCCACCCGGAGAACCGAGACUUCGACGAGCUGAACCACAUCCUGCAGGAGAGCAGAAAGCUGGGCAAAGCCUUGGAAAACCUCUCUCGCAGCAUUGCGGUUUCAGAUGAGAUCGACCAGGACCCCGGAGCCUACAGCUCAUCACUGAUGCGGCCACGGGUGGUGGGGGAGUGGGUGGGCCGCGAGGAGGAGGACGCAGAUCCCUUGGCGGCCGAGAUGCUCCAGCCACCCGUACCGAGGACCAAGACUGAGGGGUGGGACUGCGAGGAGAGCAGUCCUGCUAGAAGGCUCAAGGUGGAGCUCAGAACCAAGGGCCUGAAACAGCAGCAGCAGCACCACAAGAAGCUCCUGGCUGCCAUGUUGUCGCAGGACUCGUUUGAUUCCACCUCUGGCUCGGCCACCUCAAUCGCAGAGGAGGACAUUGACGAUGAAGAUGAUGCCAUGGAGCUGCUGGAAGACCUGGACGAUCUCCGCAUGGAAGGGGUCACUGGACUGGCGCCAUCGGGCAGCAAGUUCAGCCAGGGACGCAGCUUCUACUGUCCUGAGCCUCAGGCUAAGGUCACCCUCAACAUCUGCUCAAGGUGUGCAAGGCUACAAGGAGACAGUCUUACAGACGCCAGAGAAGACGACCUGCAACAUCCCAGCAUUCCUGAGAAAUGUGUGCCUGAAACACCCUGUCCAUUGACCGCCGCUGGAGCUGUGACGGAAGACGAAGGGGAAUUCGAGACAGCUCCAGGGACACGUCAACCAGUCUGGGAAUCAGAUCUGAAGCCCACCAGAGGCGGGAGCUCCUUGUGUCAAACGGAGCUCCAGCUGAAGGAGGUUCUCUUCACCAAGGAGCUGCAGGCUGCGGACAGACACCGAGAGAAGGACUCGGCCAAGCUGUCCGAGGGGAAGGUGGUGAGGAGUCCCAACAGCCCCCACAGCGGCCUGCUCUCAAACCCGCUCCUCCACAGCGCCCCAGUGCAUCCCCCGGGAGGCCCACCAGCCAAGAGCGCCAAGCCAACCUCUCCGGCGCCCGGCCGUGCCUUGACUCCCAGCAGUCCUGUCAGCCGGUCCCUACCCUCCAACACUGCUGGGGGCAGCAGGGCACGGGCAACCAGCCGACCACAUACCCCCAGCAGUCUGACGCCUCGCACCCUUACGCCCGGCGGGCACGGGGCCCAGAGGAGCAGGCCAGCCACUCCCCUGCUCACACCCCCUGGACCGAGCUCCUCCGAGACCCUCGGGAAAGCAACCGUCCCGAGGGGCAGUCUGUCAGAGGAUGAGUUCUACCAGCAGCUGCAGGCCGUGCGCCAGCCCUGGCCGGUCCCCAGCGACACAGACAGCGACUGCAUGGAGCCGCCCCAGAAGGACAAGAGCAGACAGAGUGGAGCACGAGAUGCCAGUAAGAGACCUGUGUUUUCAGGCCUAUAACACCGCGGACCUGGAGCGGAGAUCCGAUCCAAUGAUUAUGCAAACCACCGGGCAUUUUGAAUACUGUGCAAAGGAGAAAAUGACACAACAGAUUUAUUUUUGUAAUUCACAUGAGGAAAUUGUAUACUUUUAUUCAUGGAGGUUCGGUUUUUUCCUUCAAAGCUAUGGUCAACAGCGUCGUGAGACGUACGAAUGGUUUGAAUUACAAUGUGCACAAUGCCCCGUUUUUGUGUACCGGCAAUUUUAAGCACAGCGUCUGGUGUGAACAUGCUUCUUGAACGUGCACCUCUGGAAUAACACUAGAACACAUUUUAAAACAUUUUGUAGUAGACAGGGACCUCUUUAAAAAUGGGUGUAAUUUCACUGUGCUGUUACUGCCAAAUACCACAAUUAUGCUACGUUUUUGCCUUUUACAAUGACGCGCUACAUGAUGAAUUCUAAGAGCCAGACAUGGCUCAGUCGAAUUCACACUAUGGACGGGAUAGUGUCUUGAAAGGAAUCUUCGACAGCCAGAACGGAGCUGUAAAAAUCAUGAUCUUUUUUAAUCUUGCUCUUAAUUCUUACGUUCAGUUCACUCCGUUUUUUUAUUACACUUCUGAACUUGCAUUUCCAAUGAAUUCCUUCUGUAUUCUUUAUUCCAUCGGUACGAUCGUCAUUAGAGCUUCAGUAGAAGGGAAACGAUAUUUAUUUACUAAUCUGUCCUUUGCUGUUUUUUUUACUGUUAUAUGUUUUAAGUAACUUUAAUGAAACUUUUAAUAAGCCUGUAUGUAAUUUGCACCCUGGUGUUGAGGAGGCUUGAGGAGACGUCCACUUUGGCCUCAGGUGAAGUGGGCUGUUUGUCCAGGACCAGCACAAAGGCUUUGCUUCUCCAGGCUAAACAAGCAGUCGGUGUAGAGGCAGCCAGAGCCAGUCAGCUCUCCACAUUCUUAUGGAAAUGGGUUCCCACAGGAAAAGUCAUUUGAGGUGCUAGAUGUCAAGUCAAGUGAUUGUUAGAGUCCUUCCAGAUGGAUACGGAGAUCCGCUAACAGGUCUGAACAAUGGAGCGCGACGCUCCACUUGAGACCGACACUUUGCUCUUGAAGGUCACAUCCUAGGCGCUGUAAUCUUACUGCUCUGAAGGACACCUGUACAUUGGGAUAUUUGCUCGCUAUGUGGUUUAGCUCUUUUUUUUUUUUUUUAAAAAGUAACUAUUGAUCUAUGUAAAUGCGUAAUUUGCCACAAUAAUGUUUUUUAGGUCAUCACUUGCAAAUCUGAAUUUUCUACUUUUCAUUCAUUCCCAAAAAUAUUGUGUGUUCAAGUGUAAU